AUGUCUCCGCCGGACCCGGCAUCUGUUGGUACUGCUGCAGUCGACCCUCGCGCUGCCUCUCAUGCCGAAGCACGAAAACGAUCAUACGCACUUCUCGAAGAAGCGCGAGCAGCCGCGAAGAAGAAGAAGAAGUACGACAGUCAUGCGACCCGUCAGGCCAUGAUUGAAGAGUCGAAGAAACGCGCUGGGCUCACGCCCUAUCCGGAACAACUCGAUCUUGCGGAAUGCAUGCUCCUGGGUCUGGACUCGACGACCAUCGCGGGGACGGGGUGGGGAAAGACGCUUCCCUUUGUGCUUCCUUUGUUUGCCCCUCAAUCACGGGGCAAGAUAAUAAUCAUUGUAUCACCGCUUAAUUCCCUCGAAGCCGAUCAAGCCACACGCUUUCGGAAAAUGAACAUCAGUACCGCAGUAGUGAAUGGCGAGACACAGACACCGGAACUGCUCGAUGAUAUUGCGCAGGGAAAAUACUCUGUCGUAAUCAUUGGUCCUAAGCUUCUCACUGAGCGACAGAGCACCUUCCGCACCCUCCUAAGUAAUGCAAAAUUCACAAAGAGGGUGCUCGCUUUGGUUGUCGAUGAAGCCCACUGCAUCGCUCAGUGGGGCGGUGAGUUCCGCCCCGAGUACUCAGACUUGGGUGACGUUCGUGCCCUCCUCACACUCAACACCUCCGUCUGCGCUUUCUCCGCUACCAUGAAGCCGUCCGCACUCGCAUUGGCUCGCAAGACGCUUCACAUCUUGCCAAAUCGCUCGUUCCAUCUCAACAUAGGCAACGACCGCCCUAAUAUAACCUGGGAGGUUAGGUACAUGACGGCGGGCAAGUCUAAUUUGGACGUGCUCGGUUUCUUGUUGCCCGCAAAUGUGGCGACCCUGGCGAAGCUGCCCAUGCGACGCAUGCUGUUCUUCGACGACAUCAACGUCUCGAUGAACGCAUGCCGAUGGCUCAUAGAACGGCUCCCCCCGAUACUGCAGAGCCGUGUGAAAGUGUACAACGCGCGCCGCUGCACGCUCGCCAAGGACCUGGUGAUGCAAGACUUCCGACAGGGAAAGUUGGACAUAUUGUUGACUACAGAAGCAGCUGGAAUGGGGUGCGAUAUACCCGACGUCGUGGAAUCAAUACAAUUCAUGGCGCCGGAAUCCUUGUCGGUGUGGAUGCAACGCGCAGGGCGCGCGGGACGCCAUCCGGACAUCCAAGCGCGCGCGAUUCUCCUUAUCCAACCAACAGUGUUCCAGGAGAAGGGGAAGCGAUCGCGGCAGGACGGGGAGGUCGUCGCUUACGUCAAAGAAAUCGAGGACGGGCUCCGUAUGUGGUUGGACCCAGAGCGCUGCCGCCGAGAUGUGGCCGAUGAGUACUUCGACAAUCCACCCACGCGAAAGCGUAUGUAG